AUGACUGUUACACAAUCAUCUCGUAUUUGGAUACAAGACGUCUAUUUAGGUGCCCAAGUAUUCUCCAAUUUGAAUAGGAAUUCAAGUACUCUCACACGAUUCAUGUCGUCCUUCAUCUUCACUCUCGGUCUCCUCAUCUCCUCCGUUCACUCAGUUACUGCCCGGGGCUGCACCACCGAUGGCCUUCUUAGGUAUGCAGCUGAAUACGUCGAGUCCCUCCAAACCGGGAAGCUACACGCCGACUUCGCCAGCACCACCUACUGGGAGAACAACAAAACCGUCUCGACCACCGGACCGCCGCUAAAAUGGGGUGGCCUCAAAAUCGACCACAACCGCACCAUCGUCGACCAAGAGCAAUGCGCGACGUACACAGAGAUCAUUUCGACGAGUCCAAGUCCGGGGUAUGUUAUUGGGACGCAGAUUCGUAUGUUGAUUCAUCCCGAAGAUGGGUAUACGCCGACGCUGGUGGAUUCGAUUGUCACAAGUAAGGGGGAUUGGCAGUUCAAUGCGAGUAAGUCGCUCUCACUCGUUACGGGGGAGAAUUGGGAUACGUUGCCGACGGAGAAACGCGUGGACCGCAUUACCCUCGAAAAGGCAGCGGAUGCGUAUCUAGAUCUUUGGACGAAUAAAAGUGCGGCCGUCCCGUGGGGAUACCCGUGUGCGAGGAUGGAAGGUAGCGCGUAUACAGCGAAGGGUAAGCCGGAUGAUUCGUGUAGUGUGGGGAUUCCAGCCGGAGGUCAGCCGGCGAAUACGGAUAGGAGGUAUGUUACAGAUGUGACAGUCGGAAGUGUGAGUGUACUGUGUAAAUUUGGGAGUAUGAAGAGUGGAGCACCCGACAGUCAUGAGUUCAGGCUGGAGAGUGGGAAAUUGAGGUACGUGCACACGAUGACAGUUAUGACAGCGAAAUGA